CAUUCCGCUAUGGCAGAGCUACGAGUUUGGUUUUUGUGUUAUGUAUUCAUAGCGACAUGGCAUGACAUUCUUGGCGAUAAUUUAGAUAUCGACAGCGAUCCUCCAGUUGUGACAUGCUCUAAUGUUACUCUUGAUGAAGCCUUUCCUAAUACCUUCUUUAGCCUCACCUUGGAUGAUACGUAUACAUAUAUGGACGAAAACGCCGACCCGAGUGGGAUAUCGUACAAUAUAACCACUGGGUUUAAAGGAGUCUUAUUUCCUCCUGGAAAUACCCCUGUUACAAUGUUUGCAAGAGAUAUCUUUGACAACGUGGCCACCUGCCUGUUUUACGUUACGAACAGCCUCAAACGCUUGCCUGUCACCUGCCCUGACUUAGAUCGGAAUGUUACCCUAGGUCUGGGGGAGACAGCGCUUACCUUUGAUCCAAAUUUCGGAGCUGAUGACGUCAUCAGGUUCCUCCCUAUGUACCGGUUUCACGGAAACGUGAACGUUGAGGCAUCCAUUGAUGGUCUGCCUGUAGGGAGCCAUGUUACUCCGGGGAGACACGAGGUCGUUGUCGUUAUCUCUGAUGACGUGUUAUCGAGGACAUGCACAGGAUUCUACAACAUUGAAGGAGUAGUGGUAAAUUGUGACGUCAGAAAAUUGUCAGUCGAAAUCCCUUCCAGUCUUCUGAAAGAUGGAGUCGAUCCCUUCUCUCUUCAUUUCCUUGAUAAUUCUCCCAAUGAUUGUAAAAGCUCUAUGGAUACUGAUGGGAUAAUACAUCUUUCGACUGCAUACGACGCUUGUGGAACCACCUCAGAGUCAUCGGGGGACAACAUUACCUUUUCCAACGCAGUUACUGGUUCAAUUGGAGCGAACGACCCCAACAUCCACCUUCCAUUCCAGUGUGUAUUUAACAAAGAUCAGGUUGUUGAUGGGACUCCUUUUGACGUUACAAGGGAUAGCUUCUUUUCGAUCAAAGGGUUGGCUUCCUUUGAUUUGACCUUGAAGAGGUACGAUAGCAAGGGGUUUACAUCGGUGGCAUCAUCCGAAAUGGUUCCUCUACGACAGAUUCUCUACUUUGCGGUGUCUUUUCGUCACGACCCGUCUCCCGACCUCUCCCUCUUUAUUAAUACCUGUUGGGCAUCGCCGGAGCCUGAUCCGAAUCCGGAUGGUUCAACGAGAUACACUUUCAUCCUGAACGGAUGUGCUGUUGAUGAAACAGUAGAGUAUCCACUUCUAGAGAAUCAACAAAAAGAAGGUUUUUCUAUUGAAGCUUUCCGAUUCCUCGGGCAUUCUACACAGGUCCACGUGCAUUGUUCUGUAAUGACAUGCGUGGCUAGUAACCCGCAGAGCCGAUGCAAGCAAGGAUGCCUUCCGGGGGACGGCGCUCCACCAAUCCCCAUGACGGUUGGAGAACAUCAGGUUUCAAGUGAUGGUAUAUCCGUCGUUAGCCCGUAGAAAUAUGGGGUAGGCUACAGAUGCAACGAUGGUUCAAUAAG